UUCACCGUUCACUCGAGACCCUCGAAUUUAUAUUCAUUGAAAUGCAUUUCGAGAGUAGAGAACUUUUUGGUGUUACGUACGUCGAUGCAGUAUUUGUUAUCACUGUUGUAUCAUUAUCUGUCAUUAAUUUUCCUCAAAUGCGCGACCAAAUUAACUAAAUUAGCCAGAGAGCAUAGAUCUAAAUCCGCAUAAACGGCAGUCCUGAAAAUAACUCGACGAAACGCACUGGCAAAAUAUCCCUGUAAAUACGCUGCUUUAUAUCAUUUUAGUAUCAACACCCAUCAAUGAAAUCACAGUUACUUGUGGAAUAAUGCAUUCACAAUUGUCACGUUCGUAAGGCGUUCUGUUCGAUAUACGAAGCAAUAUCUUUCGUGUGUCAACGAUCGAACAUGUCUUCGUUGUUCUCGCGACGAAUUUGCAAACAGAAAGUGGCUGGCUCCAACUUAAGUUCUAUCCACUUCCAGAGAUUUCAGUUUUGCAGAUAAUAUAUACAACUGUACAAGUGCAAUUUAUAUCUAUUAGAAAUGAUUUAAAUCAAUCUAUAAAUGAAUAAAUAAUAUCCCUUCGUGUAUGCUAAUUAGUAUACUACUUUGUGUAUGUGUUAUAUUCGUCUUUUCUGGUAAAUUUAUUAUGCUAUCAUCAUGACAUCUACAAUACCAUUGACUGACAAACAACUUCAUCAACUGAGUAUCAGUAUUGGGAAAGCUGUAAAUGCUACAGAAACUCCUGUGAAGGAAAAACAUGUACGAAGUGCGAUUAUUGGCACAUAUCGAGAGAAAAGUGGCUCUAUUUUUUGGACGUACAUGUUGAGGCAACCAUUACAAGAGAAUCAGAUUGUUGCUUGGAAAUUUUGUCAUGUUCUACACAAAGUAUUGCGAGAAGGACAUCCCAGAGUUAUCAUUGACUCCCAAAGAUAUCGUGGUAAAUUAGAGGAUAUUGGUAAACUCUGGCAACAUCUUCGAGAGGGUUAUGGUCGUCUCAUACAACUGUACACAAGAUUGUUAAUUACCAAGUUGGAUUAUCACAAACGAAAUCCACGUUUACCUGGAAAUUUGCAAGUAACGUCGGAAGAGCUGGAAGCUAUUGGAGAAAAUGAUAUCAAUGUAUACUUUCAAAUGUCUGUUGAAAUGUUUGAUUAUAUGGAUGACAUUUUGAAUUUACAACAUGCAGUAUUUGGUUCUCUGGACUUGUCACGAUCCAAUUCAAUGACACCAUGUGGUCAGUGUCGACUUGCACCUCUAAUCCCAUGCAUUCAGGACGCUUCGCAACUCUAUGAUUAUUGCGUGAAAAUUUUGUUUAAGCUUCAUGGCGCACUGCCGGCAGACACGCUGAACGGACACCGUGAUAGAUUCUCAAAACAAUUUCACGAAUUGAAGAGCUUUUACAAUACUAUCAAACAUAUGCAGUAUUUUAAGCAAUUGAUAACAAUACCUUCAUUACCCGAGAACCCACCAAACUUUUUAAUACAAGCUGAACUGCGAACAUAUGUUACGCCAAUAGUGGUGCUUCCGCCCGAGGAAUCUUUAGAUAACGAGGCUGUCAUAGAAAGCCUUAUUGAUACAUCCGAUGCGGGAUCGUUGACCGGCGAUCAGACAGAUUCUACGCGAAACGGCGCAAUAUCACCAGACGCCCUCGCAGAAAGGGACAGUCUUAUCGAUCAUUUAUAUCAAGAGAAUGGUCGCCAAAGACAAGAACUACAUCGUUUAUUGAUGGAAUAUCAACAGACAGUCGCAGAACUCAGAAAACGUGUUCUGGAACUAGAAUCAACUCUUUCUACUAAAAGCAAUGAAAUUGUGGUGGAAAAACAAGCUUGUCAAGAGCUAAUGAAGGAGAAAAACAAUAUGUCAGAAAAAAUACAAGAAAUUGAAGGAAAAAGUGAAGUCUUAGAGGAAAAAUUCAAAAAGCUCAAAGAUGUUUACUCCAAAUUGAGAGAGGAACAUAUCGGUUUGAUCAGAAAGAAAGCUGAACUAGAUAAAGAAAUAGGAGGAAUAAAGAUAUUGCGAGAGCAAUCGGAACGUCGGUCGUUGAAAGCCGAAGAGCGACUGCAGGAGCUGCUUCAAGGACAAGCGUCGGCAGAACAAGAAGCUCAGAGAGUAAUGCAAGCACGUCAGGAUUUGGACGACGUGAGGAAAAAACUCGAUAAUGUUCAGACGGAAAAUUUGGCAUUAACGGCAAAGAUAGAUUUUAUCACGUCUGAAAAAACUGCUCUGGAAGGAGAUCUCCAUGAUCUGCUGGUGCAAAAAGAAGAGUUGGAUCAACGAAUGACGAACCUGGAAGCCGAUGCCGAGCGAUCGUGCAAUCAAGUAAAAACAGACGCUAAUACAGCUUUGUACGAUUUGUUACUGAAUGCUAUAUCGGAAGCGGAAUCUAUUUUACAUCACGCGAUGAAUGCGAUCGAUAGUCCGGCGAUAUCCGCGUUAACUUGUACGCCCGAUUAUCUGAGUGGUUCGUUGGAGCCAACAGAGAAAUCCUUGAAUGACUUAGAAGAGGCGUAUAAUAAUUAUAUAUCCGAUACAACGAAAGGAAAAGGACUGAUCCGCGCUGCUAUACACGGUGCACACUUUCUGGCUCUCUAUUUGAUAUAUGCAAAAUCUACUUCAAACACAUCGACGGAUAUUGGCUUAGCCGAUAGAUUUGCCGAUGAAUGCAAGCAAUUAGGCUCGCAGGGUUUAAUUAUGCUGAGUUAUAUGAAGGAAAAAUCUACAAUGACCACGGUGCAAAUUGCAAAUGUCAAGAAUCAAUUGCAGAAGAUUUCGUCUCUUAUAAAUACAUUGUCCACUACGCAGAAUAAUGUAGAGAUUAUUGGCUCUUUAGUGGAGAACGAGUUACUGAGUAUGGAUAAAGCCAUAGAAGAAGCGGUUAUGAGAAUACAGGAUAUGCUGGAUAAGUCACGUGCAGCAGAUUCGGGUUUGAAAUUGAAAGUAAACGAACAAAUUCUGGAUUCUUGUACAGAACUGAUGAAAUAUAUAAAGAAAUUAGUACAAAAGUCACGCUUGCUGCAGAAGGAAAUCGUAGAACAAGGAAAGGGGACCGCUUCAGCUACUGAAUUUUACAAACGCAAUCAUCAGUGGUCCGAGGGCCUCAUUUCAGCUGCAAAAGCGAUUGCUAUGGGUGCAAACUUUUUAUUAGAAGCGGCAGAUAAAGUUGUAUCGGGCAACGGUAAGUUCGAACAAUUAGUCGUCGCCUCUCAAGGAAUCGCAGCGUCUACCGCACAGUUGGUGGUCGCUAGCAGAGUUAAAGCUGAAAGAAACAGUAACAACUUGUCCGAACUUUCCAAAGCAUCGAGAGAAGUGACACAAGCUACAGCGAAUGUUGUUGCCACUGCUAAAAGUUGCAAUCAUCUUGUUGAGGAAAAUGAAGACCUAGAUAUGUCUAGUCUGAGCUUACAUCAGGCUAAAAGAUUAGAAAUGGAGGCGCAGGUGCGAAUCUUGGAAUUGGAACAAGCUUUAGGAACUGAGAGACUACGUUUAGCCGCUCUACGACGUUAUCAUUAUCAACUUGAUGGUGAGAGCGAGGGAUAAGUGAGUAAUAUGAAUUUGGAUUUAAAUUAAGGUUCUUUAAUAACUAUGAGAAAUGUAUGUAGAUACAGAAUUAUAGCAUUUAUGUAAAUUAGAGUACUAAACUAACACGUUAUAGAAGUUGGCCUUUUGUCAUGAGAGAGAAGCGAAAUUUGUUACUCGUUUAUGUAUUAUGCAUAUUACCGUGCGUCUUGAAAGUCAACAAUAAUUUUGCAUCGUAUCUACGGAAAUCUAUGGAAUAGAUGUUUAUUAUCUUGAAUAAUGCUCGAAUAUACAUAUAUUCACUGACCACAUAUCAAAAUGAUACGUACAUACAUAUAUACGUACAUACAAUCACACACACACACACACACACGCACACACACA